CCUCCCCACAAGAACAAAUUUGCUUGCCUAGUUGCCCAGCUCCAGCGAUUCUUCGUCUAGGCAGCCUUGUUUGGCGAUCUAAUUGCACAUACCUGGAACUUUGAGGCUCCGGAUUGUUUUGCCAGUAGCUGGAGUGGAACAGAAGAGUCUGGAUUAAUUGGACUCUCUUUGAAUCCACUUCUAAGCCUUUUGUUUACUCCCUGUAAACCCUUGACCCAUUUCGGAACAGGAGGAUUGCCCUCAGGCAGUGAUGGGCUUCGGCUGGAAGAGCGGAUUGUCUAGCUUGAGGUUGGGCUCCCGCGUGCAAGUGCUUGCCGGCACCAUCACUGCGCUCUGGGUUGUGCUCCUUCUCCUGGGAGCCUCGUCAUUCGCUCAUGAGGUAGCGUGCCCUUUGGAAUGUGAGUGCCCAAGGCUGCCAGCCUGCCGCCCAGGGGUGCCCCUGGUGAUGGACAGCUGCGGUUGUUGCCAGGUUUGUGCCGGUCAGUUCAAUGAGAUCUGCAACGUGCUGCGACCAUGUGACCAAGGGCUCCGCUGUGAGCAGGUGAAGGGGCACAGUGCCAAAGGUGGAAUCUGCAGAGCCAGCACCCCAGGGCGCCCGUGCACUAAGGAUGGCAAAGUGUACCAGCACGGCGAGACGUUUCGGCCCAGCUGCCAGCUCCAGUGCACCUGUGAGGAUGGUAGAAUUGGUUGCCUGGCCCUAUGCCCUCUGAAGCUGCCCACUCCGCCCGCCUCCUGCCCCAAUGCUCACCUGGUGCAGGUAGUCGGCACCUGUUGCAAGAAGUGGAAAUGUGUCGCCCGAUACUCCAAAGACUGGGCAUGGGGAGUCGCCAAGUGGAAGAGCAAGUUCGAUCCCACCAACGAGGUGGUUGAGCACAGAGUGGCAGCAAAGAUGUCAAGGGGCCGUUUCAAGAACCGCAGACUCCAGAGUCCCGGGUGCACAGUCAAGGCCACGGAGUGGUCGCAGUGCUCGAAGACGUGUGGCAUCGGCACUUCCACCAGACGCAGCAACAACAACACCAAGUGCCAGCUGAAAGAGGAGACGAGGCUCUGCCAGAUCCGACCCUGCAGCAUGCUGAAUGAUCUCAGUCCCAAGGAAGGCAGCAGCUGCCUCAAAGUCUACAAGGAGAAGGUCCCCAAGCUGUUUGAGUAUAAAAACUGCACCAGCCUGAAGAUGUACAAGCCCAAGUACUGCGGGAUGUGCCACGACAGGCGCUGCUGCCAGCCAUCUGCCGUCAGAACCAUCAAGGUCCGUUUCCACUGCCCGGGAUCGGGCACCCUUGUCGUGCAGGUGGCGAAAAUCCAGAAGUGCGAGUGCAGCCGCCGGGCUGAUGGGUGCGCCCUGACAACCUCCCGCAGCUACGACUGGAAGAGGAGCCUGCGGGGUCCCCUGGAGCCCCAGUGACCCUCCGGCCACUCCAAAAUGCAGCACGCCCAUCACACGGACAGUCACACGGCAUCGCCCCACAACGCUCCGUCCUGACUCCUCGUUGCCACCUAGUGUCAAGAUCAAGCCUUUCCAUUUCACUGGCAGGAACGCCCGCCGGCAGCUCCAGGUCGCCAGCCGGGUUCUCGUUGAGCAGUCCGCUGCAGCCACGAGGAGCAGCAGUCGGCCACUCGGCCCCUCAAGCCUGCCCUCCCCCAUACCAUCAUGGCUGAUCUGGCCCUGGGUCUCACCCCUUUCUCUUCAGCGCACCAGUUCCACCUUGGUUACUUUCUCCUGACCUUCCAAACGCUGAUUUCUUCAUAGGUCAGAGACAGCUGUUUUCAGCACUAGCUCAUACCGUAUCACCUUACAAGCACCCGCUGUAAUUGUUCCGUUUCAAUUAAUAAACACCCUGACGGUACCCAUAAUUAAACUAAUGGUCUAUACACAGUAUCUCAGUUUUUAAAUGAGUAACACGAAUCAUCUAAUUAUUGACAUUACUGUUUGACAGAGGGCUUUGAAAAUGUAUGGGAGAAUACAUAACAGGGAGAAGAGACUGAAGCAACUAAUACGACUAAUGGGCACCACAGCAGCGUAGUGCCGAACGCUAUUACAGCUCGGGAUGUCAGAGUUUAGAGUUCAAUACUAACGUCAUCUGUAGGGAGUUUGUACAUUCUCCCGAUGGGAUGAAUGAGCUUUCUCCAAGUGCUCCAAUUUCCUCCCAGAGUCCAAAGAGGUACCCGUUGGUAAGUUAAUCGGUCAUUGUAAAUUGUCCUGUGAGUAGCUUAGGGUUAAAUCGGGGGGGGGGGGUGCUGGGUGGAGCAGUUCAAAGAGCCAGAGGGGCCUGGUCCCUGCUGUAACUCCAAAUACUAAAGUCAGACAGGUUGAUAGAUCCUCAUGGUCAACACCCAGUUUUUAACAGGAUAAAAUCUGAUUUUCUCAAGUGAGGUCAUUUACCUCCUCUUAACUGUUUCCAAUUAACCAGACUCCGCAACCCAGGAGGGGAGAAAAUUCCAGUGAUUCGCCUUCACCUGCAGUGAGAAAUUCCCGCACACCCUAACUGCUCCAUAGUUCUCUACUUUGUCUCUCUCCUUUCGUGAACAAGUGAAUCACAUUUGGAGUUUCCCAUCCACUGGAACCCCUCCCAGAGCUCAAUAGGUUUGAAAAACAUCAACCAGUAGCUCCAUCAUCUUUGCAACUGCACCCCUGUAAAAACCUUGGGUGCUAACUACUGUGAUCUACAGGAAGCGUAGGGCAUAAUACACAAGAGUAGGAUUAACUAUGUGGCCUAUUGAUUCUGCUCUCCCGUUCCUGCCUUCUCCCACAACAUUUAAUACCCUGACUAAUCAAGAAGCUAUCAACCUCCACUUUAAGAAUACCAAAUGACCAUGGCAAUGAAUUCCGCAGAUUCACCACCCUUUAGCUGAGGAAAUUCCUCCUCACUUUUUUCUCAAGGGAUCCAUCACCUUAUCCGACUUUAUUCCCAGCAGUUGUUUCUGUACCUUGCCCCCGGCGAUGGGAACUGUUAUGUGUUCUCCUAUGCUAUCUGAAACUUGCCCAUCUGUUAUCUUUGUGAUGCUUAUACUCUCUUCUACCAUGCAGACCAAUGUGAAAUAUUGGAUUAAGUUACAGACUGUCGCCACAUUAUGCAAUGGUUCUGCUCCACAGAGCUCUCUGUAAGCCAAUUUCUUCAGAAACAUUACUGUAGUAACCCAUAUGAUAGAUCUGUACAGACAUCUGCUUUAAUUCUUUCACAUUGUGGAAUAAUUAUCCUAAUGCUACCAAUAAUUAAACUAAUAGAAUAUA